AUGGCAUUACAAAACCUCAAGACACACGGUACUUUUUCGUUUUCUUUUUUUCAUAUUGCUUUAGAUCCAUUUGCUGACGACGACGGUGAAAUUACUACUGGUGAUACCACCGUCCAUAUUCGAAUUCAACAGCGAAACGGUAGAAAAACUUUGACUACUGUUCAAGGUAUUCCAGAGAAAUACGAUAAGAAGCGUAUCCUAAAGGAAUGCAAAAAGGAUUUUUGCUGUAACGGAAAUAUUGUACAGCACGAUCAGUACGGUGAAGUCCUCCAACUCCAAGGUGACCAAAGAGAACAUAUUGCCGAGUUCCUCAGGAGGUACGGUCUUGUCAAACCUGACCAAAUUAAAAUUCACGGCUUUUAA